UCUAUAGAGAGAUUAGAGAUACACAAAAGAAUUAACACAUAAUGGGGAAAGCAUGUAGUUGGUCUCUUAUAUCCAUUUUCAUUAUUAUCCUUUCAUUCUGUGUGUCUGAAAUACAUGGAAACAAACAAGCUCGGGCUCUGGACAAGUUUUUCAAGGCCAAGUUCAAAGCAGGAUCACAAAUCAACAGGGGGCACUUCGAGGCACCAGAGAUUGUGCAUGAAGCCGCCACCGGCGCCGAUGUGGGUUCUCAGGCGGGCCUGAAAGAGAAAGACAGAAUUGUGAGUUUGCUGGGGCAGCCAAAGGUGAAUUUCAGUCAGUAUGGAGGGUAUGUCACGGUUGACCAAUUGGCAGGACGUGCCUAUUAUUAUUACUUUGUGGAAGCUCAAAGUUCUAAGGAAACAAAACCUCUUCUUCUUUGGCUCAAUGGAGGUCCUGGAUGUUCAUCCCUUGCCUAUGGUGCAAUGCAAGAACUUGGACCCUUCCGAGUAAACAGUGAUGGACGAACACUUUACCUAAAUAGAUAUCGUUGGAAUCAUGCUGCAAAUGUUUUGUUCCUGGAGUCACCUACUGGAGUGGGAUUUUCUUACUCAAACAGAUCAUCAGAUUAUGCUGAUUUUCAUAAUGGUGACAAGAAAACAGCAGCAGAUAACUAUGUAUUCUUGGUGAAUUGGUUGGAGAGGUUUCCUGAAUAUAAGAAGAGGGAUUUCUUCAUUGCUGGGGAGAGUUAUGCAGGGCAUUAUGUUCCUGAACUUGCACAUACUAUUCUCUACCAUAACAACAAGGCCAACAAAACAAUCGUCAACCUUAAAGGAAUACUGAUUGGGAAUGCAGUGAUAAACGAUGAAACAGACGAUGCUGGAAUGUACGAUUUUCUUGCAAGCCAUGCAAUAAUCUCAGACAAUGUUGCACACGACAUCAACACAUAUUGUGAUUAUAAGUCUUCAGAUCCUUCCGAUCAGCGUAGCCUCCUGUGCGAUACAGCAGGGGAUGCAUUUAAUAGGGCUACUCGUUUCAUUGAUAUCUACAACAUCUAUGCUCCACUUUUUUGCCCCAAUGAAAACCUCACAAAACGGCCCAAGAAGCACUCUCUUGUUACUGAUCCGUGUAGUGAUAAUUAUGUGGUUGCAUAUCUUAACCGGGCAGAGGUUCAAGAGGCCCUCCAUGCGAAUGUUACCAAACUCAAGUAUGACUGGCAACCUUGCAGUGGUGUCAUGGGCAGGUGGGGUGAUUCCCCUUCAACCAUGCUUCCCCUUCUACAUGAAUUCCUUCACAACGGACUAAGGCUCUGGAUUUUCAGUGGUGACGUAGAUGGAAGGGUUCCUGUUACUUCAACAAAGUAUUCAAUUAAGAAGAUGAACCUUUCUGUUGAAACUGCUUGGCAUCCUUGGUAUCUGUUUGCAGAGGCUGGUGGGUAUACAGAAGUGUACAAGGGAGGGUUAACUUUUGCGACAGUAAGAGGAGCAGGGCAUCAAGUGCCAAGCUACCAGCCAGCAAGAGCCUUUUCUCUCCUCAAACACUUUUUAGACGGCACCCCGCUUCCAGAUACUACAAGAUACACUUAAUUUGUCCUGCAACAAUAACAUUUUUCUUUAUUUAA